CUGAGACCAUCGACCGCCUACCGGUGAGAGUUGUGAGAGCAGAGCUGCAAAGAACAAAACUAUGAGAUGAAGAAGGGACGAAAAAGAAAGGAUUUAGCCGCUUAGAUUUUUUGAUCGAAGAAGAUGAAGAGUCAAAAGGGAUGUUUUCUCCCUCUCUAGUCUCGAAGAAGUAAAUAUACUGUGUAGGGACUAUGGUAUAACUAUGUCCCUACCAAUAAAAUUUUCUAAAAAGAUGAGCCCAAGAAAACUGCAAUAAUGGAGAAACAUUGCCUGAAGCGUAGCAAGUUAUCAGUGGGCAACAGAGAGGAAGCUGAACCGGAGGAGGUUUAUCAUGUUACUUCAGGAUAUGAAGACUGCUCGAAAGGAUUGAAAAAGUGGAUAAUGGAAUAUCAUGAAAGGAGACCGGGAUUGAAUAUGUUGAAGCAAAGAAUUGAUGAAUUCAUAAUUGCCUGCGAGGAACAGGAGGAACAGGAGAAAAAACAGAGAGAAGCCCAGGCUGCAGAGGGAGGAUGGACAGUUGUGGUUCACCAUAAAGGCAGGAAGAAGACAACUGAUUCCGAAAGUGGGAUAAGAGUGGGUUCUGUUGCCCAGGCUGCUGUAGUUGAGAAAAUGGCCAAAAAGAAAAGCAAAGAAGUAGGUCUUGAUUUCUACAGAUUUCAGAGAAGGGAAGCCCAGAGGAAUGAGAUUGUGAUGUUGCAAAACAAAUUUCAGCAGGAUAGAAAGCGGAUACAACAACUGAGGGCUGCUAGGAAAUUCCGGCCCUACUAAAUGAUGUAAGCCUUUUGAUGGAAGAUUUAGAAGCCUCCCAGGUGUUUCUCAUGUAUUGUCUAUCAAACGAAACACAGCUUUAAUAUUUCAAGAUAAAUUCUAGAGAAUUUCUUGCUUGCUUAUUGGUGAAUUCUUGAAGAAAUGGAGCAGAUGGAUAAAACUCAGUAAUUGAAUAUA